GUGGAGCUGCGCCCACCUCGGUAACUUCUCUAUGAUGGGGCCAGUGUGGCUGUGGCUGCUGGUAGCCGAGGUCCUGCUCCCUGUUCAUUGUCAGCCAUUUUCUCCCCAUGGAGAGAAGAGUCUGGGGGUGCCUCAACCAGCCAGCCACCAGCUCCUGGAGCCAGCACCCGCCUAUGGCAAGGUCACACCCACCAUCACUAAUUUUGCUUUGCGUCUCUACAAACAGCUAGCAGAGGACGUCCCCGGAAACAUCCUCUUCUCCCCCGUGAGCCUCUCUAGCAUCCUGGCUCUUCUCUCUCUUGGGGCACCUGCUGACACCCAAAUUCAGAUUCUGGAGAGCCUGGGCUUCAACCUCACGGAGACCCCAGCAGCUGACGUCCACCGGGGCUUCCAGAGCCUCCUGCACACACUUGACCUGCCCAGCCCCAAACUGGAACUGAAAGUGGGGCAUUCCCUGUUCUUAGACAGGCAGCUGAAGCCUCAGCAGCGCUUUCUGGACAGCGCCAAGGAGCUGUACGGAGCACUGGCUUUUUCUGCCAACUUCACGGAUGCAGCUGCCACAGGGCAGCAGAUCAACGACCUGGUGAGGAAGCAGACCUAUGGGCAGGUGGUGGACUCUCUCCCGGAGUUUGGCCCUGACACCGUCAUGGUUCUCUUGAACUACAUCUUCUUCAAAGCCAAAUGGAAGCAUCCCUUUGAUCGCUACCAGACCCGGAAGCAAGAGAGCUUCUCCCGGGACCAGAGGACGGCACUCCGCAUCCCAAUGAUGCGACAGAAGGAAAUGCACAGGUUCCUGUAUGACCAGGAGGCAUCGUGCACUGUCCUUCAGAUCGAGUACAGCGGCACUGCCCUGCUGCUGCUGGUCCUCCCUGACCCUGGGAAGAUGCAGCAGGUAGAGGCUGCCCUCCAACCAGAGACGCUGAGAAGGUGGAGCCAGAGGUUCCUGCCCAGUCUGCUGGAUUUGCACCUGCCAAGGUUCUCAAUUUCUGCAUCCUACAACCUGGAAGAGAUCCUGCCCCUCAUUGGUCUCAGCAACAUGUUUGACAUGGAAGCUGACCUAUCAGGAAUCAUGGGGCAACUCAACAGAACUGUCUCCAGGGUGUCACACAAGGCUGCAGUGGAUAUGAACGAGAAGGGAACUGAGGCCUCCGCUGCCUCUGGCCUUCUUUCCCAGCCGGUGCCCCUGAACAUGACUUCGGCCCCACACGCCCACGCCCAUUUCAACAGGCCCUUCCUGCUCCUUCUCUGGGAGGUGUACACUCAGAGUCUGCUCUUCCUGGGGAAAGUGGUCAAUCCAGCUGCUGUGUGACUGUGGUGGGAGGCACAGUAUGGCUACCGGGCUGCACUGCAGGAUCCUUCGGAUCAGGCUUCCUUUGGGCCACCAACCAGCUC